AUGAGUGAUACUGGGGGAGCGGGCUGGGAUACUGUCGCGAUUAAUGCAGCUGGGUACAACGGCCAAAUGCAACUAGUCUCGUCAGACUUUGGCGGUGCGCCCUUCACGCUAUGGGCAGGCUCGAAUCUCCUCGCUACUGUAGCUCCAGGUCAAACCACUCUACCGCGGAGCGCAUUUGCUGGAGGUUCAACCUCUGUGGACCUCAAAUUGGCACCAGGAUUCGAUGAGCUAGGAUUGGUAGUCUGGAGCGUCGAUUUCAUCUCUACCGGCUCUGUCACGAAUACUGCCCAAGUGAAUACGGUCCAUGUGAUUGGUGGUGCGCAAUCGCAAGACGCUCAGUCAUCGCAAAACUCUGCCGGGAGUACCGCAGAUCAUGCAACAUCGUCUAGUCCAUCUCUCGGGCAGUCUUCAUCGACUCCUACGCCCAAUCGAGCAUCAUCCUACACUCUCAUAAGCACCGAUUCCUCUGCGUUCCUUACGGGAUCCCUGGCUGCUACACCAGACAAUGUACAGGCCUCCUCUGCCGCACGAGGCUCUACUGGGCCGAAUGUCUCAGCUGAGGGUAGCUCAAGCAUCAAACAUGGGACGAUCAUUGGUGCGACCGUUGCCACAGUAGUUCUACUUGGUCUAUGCCUAAGCUGCUUCCUGGUCCGAAGAAGACGCAAGGCAGGACGGGCUCCACUUCUAACAGCAUAUAUCAACGACCCGACAUCUUCGCCACUACGAGCAACGUCCUACCCCAGAGUAGAUGACCAAAUCAAACCAACUACGCAGAUGAACGAAAGAGCGAGACUACCCAUCGUAAACACUCAGCCUUCGGGAUCGUCAGCUGGUUUGAUCGUGCCCGUGGCAAAUGCAGAAACUGUAGCACAAUACGAUGACGCUCCUCCAUCGUACUGGUCUCCUCAAUCACGUCUUCGAAACUUGCCACCCAUCUAUGAUCCUUCCAACCCAAAUCCAUAA